GAAAUAUGAGUGUGAAGGCUUGCGUUUUCCUCAUGAAAUAUGAGUGCUUAAGGAGUUUACAUAUCUGGUGGCACUGCACCGCGAGAAUUUUCGCAACCCACCUAGAACUCUAGUGCCCUUUGUGUGUCAAUUAGUCAAAUGUUUUCCCGUGCUGUCGGCGCAAUGGAAGAUUGACUCGCUUGUAAUUAAGAAAAGCAAGCAGCCAUCAAAUGUUUAUGGCAUGUCGGUGGAUGGGAAGCUCCGCCGUUGCCCGGCAACACCAACAACACCAACAACACCAAAAACAAAAACACCAAUAACAGCAGCAGCUGUUCGAAAAGACUCACGCACCAGCCAACGGACCGCAAGUUGCUGCGAGAGAGAGGCCCCAGAAAUCACGGUCAGGUUGGGCGACUCACCAGCCACUCUCGGUUAGUAAAGCGCUGUUUGCCAGUCGGUCGAGUCGAGUCGAGUCGAUAGUCGAUAGUCGUUCUGCUGCACGGGCUAUACGUGAAUCCCAGUCAUGUCCAAGUACUCAAAGCUGGCCCGCGGGAUUUGCGACCUGCUGAUCUGGGCGGCCCUCAGCGUAGCCUGUGUGCUGCUCCACAAGAUGGGGCGUCCCUUCCGGCGCGGCUUCUUCUGUGGCGACGAGUCCCUUAGCUAUCCGAGCCGCGACGCCACCAUCGGCUCCAAGGCGAUCAUCGCCAUUGUUCUCGGAGUGCCCACCGCCGUGAUUGCAGUGGUAGAGUUGUUUAGGCAGCUGCCCGGAGGCCCGCUUAGGGAGGCGGACGGCAAGCGGCAUAGCUGUCGGAUCGCCCACCGCCUGGGCGUCCUGUACCGCCAGGCCAUGUUCUACCUAUACGGCCUGUCCAUGGUCACGUUCACCACGAUGCUAACGAAGCUGUGCAUCGGACGCCUGCGACCGCACUUCUUCGCCGUGUGCCAGCCUAUGCUACCGAACGGAAGCGGCUGCCAGGACGCCCAGAAUCUGGGCCGCUACAUCGACAGUUUCACGUGCAGCAACGCCAACAUGACCGACUACCAGUUCAAACAGCUCCACCAGUCCUUCCCCAGCGGCCACGCUAGCAUGGCCAUGUAUGCUAUGAUCUACCUGGCCAUUUACCUGCAGGCGGCGCUCAGUACGCGCGUCACCAAGCUGCUGAAGCAUCUGCUGCAGUUCCUCUUCGUUAUGUUCGGCUGGUACGUCUCGCUGACCAGGAUCAUUGACUACUACCACCACUGGAGCGACGUCUUAGCGGGGGCGGCACUGGGCGUGGUUUUCGCCUGGCUUACGAGUGCCUACGUGGCCGACUUGUUUGCCGGCAAGCGCUGGCCGAAGGCUGGCUACUCCGCCAACACGCUGCGCAAGCCGCAAGUCUCCCCGAAGAGCUCCACCAAGUCGCAGGCAGGAGGGUCCACGUCCGGGGCGGGUCAGCCGCCCUCUCUGCCGGCCUAUACCUUUGGAACGCUGCCCUAUCUGGCGGCACAUCCCGCCCAGGCGCAGGCGCAGUACGCCCAGCCCUAUCACAACUACGGCUACGUGCCCUGAGCUCAUUGCCGGAUUCCAUUAGCUAAACCUAGCUUAGAAAUGCCCACAAACAUACACACACUCACAAACUAAGUUUGCACAGAAUUCCUGUUUUGUUGUCUGUAUUCUAGCGAAAUAAAUAUUUUCAAGUCCGAUACGAA